AUGCAUAUCGCGAUCUUCAACUGUCUUAAGCCCAUCCAAGGCCGGACCUGUCCUGACAUGUUUAAAAACAUGGUCGAUCGCGGGCUAGAUUAUAAUAAGGAUCGCCUUAGUACCUCGAACGUCUCCAUAUCAUAUGGAAUCUAUAACUGUUCCGCCGAGGAGUUUCCAACAUGUUACGCUGCCAUAGACGCGAUAAUUAUAACUGGAUCACCUAAGUCAACUUACGAUCGACACGCUUGGAUUGUGAAGAUGCAUGAGGUUUUGCGAGAUGUGUACUACAACCACCCGAGGGUUAAGCUCUUCGGUGCUUGCUUCGGACACCAAAUGAUUGCAUCAGCACUACUGGAAGACUAUGGCGUACGGGUCGAGAAGAAUCCAAAGGGUUGGGAGAUAGGUGUGCACGGUGUUGACUUUGAACCCGAGUUCCUAAGUCACUUUCCACAAUUCACAAGUGACGACUGGGCUAUGCAGCGGAAAGUUCAAUUUAUUCACCAUGAUCAAGUGACUGUGCCGGAUGGAUCUCUUCCCUCAGAUUGGACAAUAGUGGGAAAGAACGAUUUAUGCGACGUUCAAGGGCUGUUCCAGCCGAAUAGAGUGCUCACAUAUCAAGGACAUGCUGAGUUCGAUAAAGCUACGACGAAGGCAAUUCUUGCAAAACUCAAUAGUCCUGCGUGGUCAAAGGACGAUCGGGAGGCUGCUGACCAACCUGAUGAUGCGGAUUUCUAUGCUGGGGUUCUGGUGGAGUUUUUGCUAGGAUGA